UGCCCUCACCGGGUCCUGUAAAAGGGGAUGUCUUCUUAGUCUAAAAGCAGUUUGUUGCAAGGCGGUUUCGUUUUGAAGACAAGAGGCAGUGACAGAUUCUUCGAAGAUGUCGAGCUCCUUGGUUGUUUGUGAAGUGGAUGAAAGUCUGAAAGAAAAACUGAAGAAGUUUAGAUUUCGAAAAGAAACCAACAAUGCUGCUAUACUGAUGAAAAUAGACAUGAAAAAACAACUUGUUAUCCUGGAAGAGGAGUACGAGGACAUUUCCAUGGAGGAGUUGAGAAAUGAGCUUCCAGAGCGCCAACCCAGAUUUAUUGUCUACAGCUACAAAUAUGUCCAUGCUGAUGGAAGGGUGUCUUAUCCCCUCUGUUUCAUAUUUUCCAGUCCAAUGGGUUGUAAGCCAGAGCAGCAGAUGAUGUAUGCAGGCAGCAAGAAUCGACUCGUGCAAUCUGCAGACCUCACAAAGGUCUUUGAAACCAGAAAUGUCGAUGACUUGACAGAAGAGUGGCUGAAGAACCAGCUGGCGUUUUUUCGCUGAAUCUGCAUCGUCUGGCAGCAUCAUUGUCAACCGCAACUACCACUUUUAUUUGUUGCAUAAUUAAAAUCAGUGAUUAAACCACUUUGUUUUCCAUCACCUUUAAA